AUGAUGUUUCGCGACCAGGUGGGCGUCCUGGCCAGCUGGUUCAAGGGCUGGAACGAGUGCGAGCAGACGGUGGCGCUGCUGUCGCUGCUGAAGCGGGUGAGCCGGACCCAGGCCCGCUUCCUGCAGCUGUGCCUGGAGCACUCCCUGGCCGAGUGCACCGAGCUGCAGGCGCUGGAGGGAGAGGCCAACAACCCAGGCGUGAUCAGCCAGUGGCAAGGCGAGCCCAAGGAGCGCGUCAUCUCGCUGGUCCUCACCCAUCUCCCGCUGCUCAAACCUGGCAACGUGGAGGCUAAGGGCGAGUACAUGCGCCUGCUGCCUCGCAUCCUGGCCCACACCAUCGAGCACGGCCACCACCUGGAGGAGUCUCGCCAGCUCCUGUCCUACGCCCUCAUCCAUCCCGCCACCUCCCUGGAGGACCGCGCCGCCCUGGCGCUCUGGCUCAACCACCUGGAGGAAAGGGCCGCCGCCCGGGGAGACUCCCUGGAGAGGCCUCCUCCGUCUGGGUCGCACCACCUCCACCAUCACCAGUCCACGCCACCCUCCACCCUCACCUCGUCGGGAUCCUCCUCCUCCUCCACUAACACCUCGUCAUCGAGCAACCUGUACUCGCUGCACCUGCACCAGCGCUACGGCUCGGACGACCGGCUCAACGGCUGGCAGAGCUCCAGGGACUCGGGCCUGGGAGGAGGGUGGCAGCAGCCGGGCUGUGAGAACGGGCAUCUGCUUCUUUACCCAUCGUCCUCCGUGCCGACCACCAUAAACACAGUUGGAACCAGUGGAGGUGGAAACACCAUCCUGACGAGCGGAGGCGGCAGUCAGCAGCACAGUCCCCUGAAGCGCUCCGUGUCCCUCACGCCUCCCAUGAGCGGCGCCGGCAGCCAGCCCCUGGGCCACGGCUGGCUCUCCCAGGAGGACCUGCGGAGCGCCAGGGGUCCGGCCCCGGACCACGCCCCCCUCUCGCCCCAGAGCAGCAUCGCCUCCUCGGGGAGUGGAGGCAGCGAGCACCCGGACGAGGCCGCUCUGCAUCGCGGCUGCUUCCACGACGACGGCAGUGGCAUGAGGGACGUUCCCUCGUGGCUGAAGAGUCUCCGUCUCCACAAAUACGCCGCGCUCUUUUCCACGAUGACCUACGACGAGAUGAUGUCGCUGACCGAAGAGCAGCUGGAGGCGCAGAAAGUCACGAAAGGAGCCAGACACAAGAUUGUCAUCAGCAUCCAGAAGCUUAAAGAGCGACAGAACCUCCUGCGCAGCCUGGAGAAGGACGUGUUGGAGGGCAGCAACCUGCGCGCCCCGCUGCAGGAGCUGCACCAGAUGAUCAUGACGCCCAUCAAGGCGUUCAGCGGCGCCGAGGAGGCGUCGCUGCAGCGCCUCCUCCUGAGUCCCGAGGGCAAGAGCGCCGCGCCCGGCUCCCACCUCACAGGGGGGGGCAGCGGCGAGGCCGAGUCGGGGACCAGCGUCAUCGCGGAGGGGGAUUUACCCGGCCAGUUCACACGCGUCAUGGGCAAAGUUUGUACCCAGCUGCUGGUGUCGAGGUCGGACGAGGACAACAUCAGCUCCUACCUGCAGCUCAUUGACAAGUGCCUUCUCCACGAGUCCUUCACCGAGACGCAGAAGAAGAGGCUGUUGUCAUGGAAACAACAGGUGCAGAGGCUGUUCCGGUCCAUUCCCAGGAAAACCCUCCUCGACAUAGCAGGGUACCGACCGCAGAGAAGCCGUUUCGGUCAGUCCAACUCUCUCCCCACCGCUGGCUGUGUCGGGGGCAGCGUGUCGGUCAGGAGGAGCCUUCGCCAGUUCCAGAUGCCCUCCAGGAGUUUGCCGGGUGCCAGGCUGGGCCUGCUGGGAAGCGGAGGCCUGCUGGGACCCACACCACGCAGCGCCAGCAGCACGCCGACCGGCCCCAAGCAGGGGAGACAGGGUCUGUGGUUUGCCAACCCGGGAGGAAGUAACAGCAUGCCGAGCCGGACCCACAGCUCCGUGCAGAGGACCCGCUCGCUGCCGGUCCACACCACGCCACAAACCAUGGUCAUGUUCCAACAAGCUGAUCUUCAGCUGCCUGUGACAGAACCGGACAUCAACAAUCGCCUUGAGUCUCUGUGUCUGAGUAUGACAGAGCACGCCUUGGGAGACGGUGCUGACCGCACAUCAACGAUCUGAGACGAGGACCUGGGUGAGAGCAGCCGGACGCCGCAGGUUCACGAGGCUCUCUCACGAAAAGGUGACCUCGAGGUCACCCGCCCUCCCGUCCCCUCUCCCUGUGGCCAAUGGGAGAGCUCCACCAAAGGACCGGGCGGGAUCCAGGAAACACAAGCGAUCACAUUGGCACUGACCCCACCCCCCCCACCCCCCCUCGCCUGCA